GAGUUCUGCCGGAAGGGGAGGGACGUGUGGGAGUGUGUACGGAAAGAGGCGGAAGCGCCGCGGAGCCGCCGGGAACCGGACCGGGAUCGUCGGGAUCGGAAUUAUCGGGAUUAUCGGGAUAACCGGGAUCGAGGAGAGGGCCCAGAGCCCUCCAGGCUCCGCCGGGGAUGUUCCACGGCAUCGCAGGCCCGGCCGGGAUGGGCGCAGCGCCUGGGAAUAAACCGGAGCUUUACGAGGAGGUGAAGCUCUACAAGAACGCCCGCGAGAGGGAGAAGUACGACAACAUGGCCGAGCUGUUUGCGGUGGUGAAGACGCUGCAGGCUCUGGAGAAGGCCUACAUCAAAGACUGCGUCACCCCCAACGAGUACGACAACAUGGCCGAGCUGUUUGCGGUGGUGAAGACGCUGCAGGCUCUGGAGAAGGCCUACAUCAAAGACUGCGUCACCCCCAACGAGUACACGGCCGCCUGUUCCCGGCUGUUGGUUCAGUUCAAGGCUGCCCUCAAACAGGUGCAGGGAGCGGAGAUCGCGUCCAUCGAUGAGUUCUGCCGGAAAUUCCGGCUGGAUUGUCCCCUGGCCAUGGAACGGAUCCGCGAGGAUCGACCCAUCACCAUCAAGGACGACAAAGGGAACCUGAAUCGCUGCAUCGCCGACAUCGUCUCCCUUUUCAUCACGGUCAUGGACAAACUGCGCCUGGAGAUCCGCGCCAUGGACGAG